CGACACAUAGUUCACUUUAAACGUCGACUAGACAUAGUUUUUUUUUUUAAACAGAAAAUAAAAAGUUAGUCCGGAUAAUGUCUUGUUUACAGAAACGUCUUAAGAAGACAAACUCUGAGGAACAAGCUUUUCAGGAACACCUGAAAAAAGUUGCGCAGGAUAAUGGCACGCGCUUAGGUCUGAAAGGAGAUCCUGAUCUUCGGUUCCUGCAGGCUGGUGGGGAGCUGAUUAAGGUUUGUUCAAGCUCCUGGAAGAAGGGCCGCUUCUACAGGCUGCAGGAAGACUGCAGGACCUUUUGGUAUGACUCUAAGAAGACAUUCAAAGGAGACCAGACGUUUUCUAUUGAUGAUAUCGAAUCAGUGCGCAAGGGUCGUCAGUCUGAGGGACUUAAAAAGUAUACUGACCCCAGUGAUGAAGAGCAGUGCUUCUCCAUCUUCUUCAAAGGACACAAGAAGAAUCUUGAUCUGAUGGCGACUUCCGAGGAGUCGGCAAAUCGAUGGGUCUCCAGCCUGGAGAAGCACAUAAACAACAUGCGCAACCUCAACCACCAACAGAAGAGCGAGCAUUGGAUCAUCAGCUGUAUGCGCAAAGCAGACAAGAACCAUGACAACAUGAUGAAUCUAAAGGAGCUGAAGCACUUCCUCCGACAGAUCAAUAUUGAUGUGAAUGACACCUAUGCGGAACAACUUUUUAAGAAAUGUGAUACGUCAAAAUCAGGUACCCUGGAAGACGACGAGAUCAAGCAAUUCUAUGACCUACUGACAUACCGAGAGGAAAUAGAUGUGAUCUAUAGGAAGUAUGCUCAAACGGAGGGUCAGAUGAGCACCAGAGACUUCAUGAACUUCCUGCUGAAUGAGCAAAGAGAGCAGGUGACCAUCGAGCAUGCUCAAAAGCUGAUUGAGAAAUACGAGGUGGAUGGAACAGCAAUCAAGAAAAAGCACAUGACCAAAGAUGGCUUUCUGAUGUACCUGCAGCAUGAGGAUGAAUCCAUCUUCAACCCAGCACACAAAAAUGUGUAUCAGGACAUGAGCCAACCCCUCAAUCAUUAUUUUAUCUCCUCCUCUCAUAACACUUACCUGAUGGAAGACCAACUUAAAGGGCCAAGCAGCACAGAGGCUUACAUUAAAGCGCUGAUGAAGAGCUGCCGCUGCGUGGAGCUGGACUGUUGGGACGGAGCCAACGGUGAGCCUGUUAUUUAUCAUGGCUACACGCUCACAUCCAAAGUGCUCUUCAAAGAUGUCAUCAAAGCCAUCAAAGACUACGCCUUCAAAACAUCUGACUACCCAGUGAUUCUGUCCCUGGAGAACCACUGCACAGUGGACCAACAGAAGCUCAUGGCCCAUCACUUGAUCUCUAUCCUGGGGGAUGCUUUGGUCACAAAGCCCUUGGGCACCACCAUGCCCACUAACUUCCCCUCACCUGAGGAGCUGAAAGGGAAGAUCCUUAUCAAAGGAAAGCGACUGAACAAACUGGAUGCAGCCUUCACCAAUGACAAUAGCAUAGAGGAAGACAUAGUGUCUGAAGAGGACGAGGCUGCUGACUCUAAGGAGAACGAUCAAAAAGCUAAGUCAAAGAAAUCAAAGAUAAAACUUGCCAAAGAGCUGUCAGACAUGGUCAUCUACUGCAAGAGUGUCCACUUUAAUGGCUUUGAACAUGCCAGAGACAACCAGACCUUCUAUGAAAUGGCCUCUUUCAAGGAGAAUAAAGCACUCAACCUGGCUGAGACCUCAGCCACCGCCUACAUCCAUCACAACAUGGACAAACUCAGUCGGAUCUACCCUGCUGGCUCCAGAACAGACUCAUCCAACUAUAAUCCUGUGCCCAUGUGGAACGUUGGCUGUCAGAUCGUGGCAUUGAACUUCCAGACUCCUUCCAAGGAGAUGCAGCUAAAUCAGGGAAGGUUUUAUCCAAAUGGCUUUUGUGGUUACAUCCUGAAACCUGAAUUCCAAAGAAAUCCGUCUUCUCAGUUCAGUCCCAACAAUCUCACCAAUGGGCCCUGGCUAAAGCGGAAGAUCUUUAAUGUCAUGGUGAUCUCAGCUCAGCAGUUACCUAAACUCAACAAGGACAAAGAAAAAUCCAUCGUUGACCCUCUGGUGAGAGUGGAAAUCUAUGGGGUCCCACUCGACAAUGCCAGCAUGGAAACACACCACAUUGACAACAAUGGAUUCAACCCCACGUGGAAUGAGCACUUACAGUUUCAGAUUCAUGUUCCAGAGCUGGCAAUGGUGCGGUUUUUAGUGGAAGACUAUGACUCAUCAUCCCAGAAUGAUUUCAUUGGGCAAUACUGUCUGCCACUCACCAGUGUCCAGAAUGGAUAUCGCCAUGUUCCGCUGCUUACCAAGAGAGGCGACCUCAUCUCUUACGCUGGGCUGUUUGUGCAUCUCAUGCUCCUGGACGCUCCAGUAGAUUAAUGUGUGGGAAAACAGCCAUGCUUGGAGGAACUAUUUUGUCAUCAGCCAAAGAACAUCAGCUGCAUAUGGGGGUAUUUUUCUAUCUUUAAUCAAGAGCUUAAUUGUUUGCUUUGAGAGCAAGAUGUCUGGUUUUCAUGUUCAAAUAUCAUCUUGCUGUCUCUCAAAACUCUGCUCUCACACUCAGAAAGUC